GAGAUUGCCUCUGUUCAAAGAAACAGCAACGUACUAGGAAUACACAAGGUGUUAAAGACCACACCAUUCACCCCGACUAAACAAAGCUCUCAAUUAAAAGGAAUUAAAAAAUAAACAUGGCAGAAUUUACAGGUUACAAGGAAACCUCAAAUCGGCACCUACGUUUCAAGUUGCAGAGUCUUAGUCGCCGCCUUGAUGAACUGGAGGAAGCAACCAAAAAUCUGCAGAAAGCAGAGGAUGAGCUGCUUGACCUCCAAGACAAAGUUAUCCAGGCAGAAGGCAGCAACUCCACCAUGCUGGCUGAUGUUGAAGCCCUGCGGAAAAGAGUGCUGAAGAUUGAAGGCAAGGAUGAAGAAAUCAGAAAGGCUGAAGAGCUUUGCCGGUUAAUGAAAGAAAAACUUGAAGAGGAAGAGAGCCUUACCCGAGAGCUGAAGUCAGAAAUUGAACACCUUCAGAGGAGAAUGGCAGAGCUGGAGAAGCUGGAAGAGGCCUUCAGCAGGAGCAAGAAUGACUGUACGCAGCUGUGUCUUAGCCUAAAUGAAGAAAAGAACUUGACCAAAAAGAUAUCUACAGAAUUAGAAAUACUUAGAGUGAAAGUGAAAGAACUGGAAGCAUCUGAGGACAGGCUGGAUAAAACAGAGCAGAGCUUAACGGGUGAGUUAGAAAAACUGAAAUCCUUAGCGCUGAGCUUUAUCACUGAAAGAAAACAUUUUAAUGAAAGAGAAAAGCAGAAUGAAAAAAUAAUCCAGGAGCUAACACAGAAACUAGAACAAAACAAUAAACUAAAUAGGGCAGAUCAAACUAGAAAUGCAUCCAACUUGCUAGAAAGGUCAUCAAAUAAUCUUCUGGACAGAAAUGAUUUGAGAAUUGAAGAUGACUUGACUUCUGCAUUGCCCUCGAAGGAGACCAGGAAGAAGGGAAGUGUGGAUUACCUGAAACAUGUAGAAAAUGAAACCAGGAAUAAAUCAGAAAACCAAAAGAAUAAAAAUCAGGAAGACAACAAAGUGAAAGAUCUCACCCAAGAAAUUGAGAAACUUAGAACUCAGGUGAAACGUUUUGAAUCUUUAGAGGAAGAACUUAAAAAAAUGAGAGCCAAAAACAGUGACCUGCAAGACAGUUACUUGAGUGAACAGAAUAAAAACAAACUCUUAACGGGUCAGCUAGAAGAAAUGAAAAUGCAAAUAAAGAAACAGAAAGAUCUGGAGAAUGGAGAGGUUGAAAACGAAGAUACAAACAUUUCUAGCAGGGGAAAACAUGACAGACCUAAAUACAGAGGUGUCGCAGCUGAUUUGACAGCUGCCAAGCACAAGCCAAGGGAGCUCUCACCGCAGCAGCGCCGGGACAGAGUGAGGAACAGAGAUUUCUCUGUCAAUAACGACAGCUACAGCCACGGUGGUAAGCAGGUGCCCAGUCCAAGCUUAAUGAACAGAAAAACAGGAAAAGCAUCUGGUGCAUCUGCCCUUUCAGACACUGCUGUCACAGAUACAAAAAGACUGGAAGAGAAAUCUUCAGUUUCUACUUUUUCUUCUGGUCAGAAGGAAGGCUGCGUCAGUCAGAAUGAGGGGAAGAGAUCAAAAGAGCAGCCGUCUGUCCUCAGCCGAUAUCCUCCUGCUGCACAGGAGCAGAAAUCUUGGAAAGCACCUUCCAAACCUGUUGGUGACACAGGCCUGAGAUCCAAGGCUGAAAAGCCAUCUCAGAUGCUCCGUGGCAGUGCUGACGCACGGGAUGAAAAGUCAGGCAAAGGAGAAUCAGUGGCUGCUUUGGCCGAGAAGCUGAAAACAAGUCAGGCAGAAGUCAGUGAGUGCUCGGGGGAUGUACUGCUCACCAGGGGCAGUCACAGCUCUUCGAAUGGCACAGCUUCAGCAUACAGGUACCACCUCUCCUCCCAUGUGUCGGCGUUGGACUCUGCUGGCUCUAAAGCAGAAGCAGUGAACACUUUUGCUGCAUCACACAGACAGCCCUCGGAGGGGAGGGCUAAAAGAGCAAUAAUCUCCCAGGAAAGAGAAUUUGCAGACACAUCAGUUGAAAGUGCAAAGCCUUCAACACUAGCAAAGCAUUCCCAUCGCUCCAGAAGUCAGGAAGACAUUCUGCAGAUUCUCACAGGUCUUGAUAAAGAAGACAUGGAGCAGUCUUCAGCAACGGAUCUUGUAAAUGCUGGCUUAAAAACGGACUCCAAAACCAUCCAGAGUAACCAGGAAAAACUUAAUUCAGAUGAGGAAUCGGGAAGAAGCAAAAAAACAACUACUCAGUCAGAUUUUGAGACAAGAAAGAAAGUCAGUUCCAAGCAGUAUUCCAAUUCCAGGGUUUUUAGAACAUCACUUUUUGAAAAUGACAAAAACACUGUAAAUGAUGAAGACUCCACCAAGUGUAUAAAACCAUCAGAUGCCAGCACUGGAGGAUUUAAAUCCAGAAGGUCAUUCAGCCCGAGAGAAGCUCUGAGAUCAAAAGCUGUCAUUAAACCUGCAAUUGUUGAAAAGGAUAUGAAGGCAGUCAUGGGAGGGACUGUUUCUGAGGCAGAGUCAGAAAAACAGAAGUCUGUUUUUAAAACAGUAACAAAUAAAAUGACAAGCAGCAUCACAAUCUUCCCUUCUGAGCCAACAGCUCCAAGGACCAGUGCAGAUCUAGCAGCAAAGGAAAGGCAUGUUACCACUAGCAACAUCAGAGUUGCUCCAAAUGAGCCUUCACCAGUAACAAACAAUCUCCCCACACCCUUUGAGAUAUCAAUUAAUAAAAGUGCUCUGAAAUUAUCUGAGAUGGAUAGAGUUGGAGAGUCAGCGCUGAGAAGUAAAGCAGAAACAGUGGUUUCCAGAAGCAGCAUUGUGAUAAAGACUUCUGAACUCACGGAGAGGAACACUGAGCUGCCUUCAGAGACAGUCAGUUGGAAGAGCCAUGGCUCUUCAGAUGCAGCUUUAUCCGAAACAAAACACGUCACUGUGAGAAGUUCCUGGAUAACAAGACAAGGCUUACAUUCCCUGGAGGACUCUCAGACCAAAGUGGAAAAAAGUGCAGCUUCCAGUACUACAAACACGUGUAGGUCCUCAGUGGACCUCGCAGAAAUGGAAGGGAACAGUGCAAGAACAAACUCCCUGGAGCAGAACUCAGCAAGAACCAGUGACACGGCCAAUUCCUGGAGUGCCCCUGAACUGGGCUCCCGAAGGACCAAAAGUAACUUAAGUGCAUCUGAACUGCUAACACGCAGGAGCUAUGCAAGUGAUCCUACAACAGCUGCUGCUUGGCACCGGACCACACUACCUGAUGAAAGCAAAGAUUUUGUGCCCAGUUCCAGAAGAAAACAAUACGGCUCUUCUGAGUACCUCUCCCAGGUUGACACCCCAGGGAAAAGGCCAGCCACCAAGACGGAGCUGCAGGACCCUGAAUCCAACCCCCACGCACCACUGGGUCUCCAAGUGGAGGAGCAGUUAGCUUAAUGGCUAAAAACAUUCUCCAGGGAGUAAGAGGCACUGCAUCUAGUCAUCCUCUGGCACACAUUGGACAAUCAGGGAUGGAAGAAAAAACAUUUGGAGAGACCAAGUCAGAGCCCCUGAUUUACCUGCUUCAAAUGGCUGCUGUAGUACUAGGGUGCUUUUCUGCUGCGACAUACUUGCUGCUCUGCCUCCUAAAACACAUCUUCCUGGACACACAAAGAAGUGGAAAAUGGCCCACAUUGUAGUGAAUGAGACUUAUUACCUGAAAUAUGAAAAAAUGUGUAUUCCAGCCUCUUCAGAGGGAGCUCCCUUCCGAGGAGAUAGGGUCUGGGCAGACUUUAAUUUCUAGGUGUACAGCUGUGCUUAUGUCUGUACAAAAGACUUGCUUUUUCUCCUGUCAUUCCCUCUUUGCCCAUGUAGGUGCCCAGAGCAAAGUGCAUCUUUCCAUUUAUGGAUCACCUAGAGCAGGAAAUAUUUAAGACUCAAACCUGUUGUCAGUGUAUCUUACUGGAUGUGCACAGGAGUUGCUGAGUCUUAAUGUGAGAGCAGCAGGACUGCAGUGAGGCAGCUGAGAGCCCUACACAGUCACCUCUUGGUGAAGCCCAGAGAGACGUAGUCCCAGCUGAGCUUUGCAGACUGACAUUUAGAGAUAGGUAAUGUUUGCAGUAGAGAUUAGUGAACUGACACUGUCCUUGUUGGUAGCUGAGGAAAGGGACACUGCAGUGAUGCUCUGUGUGGUCACCAAGAGGUGUUACCCACAGUGAUGUUCAUCUGGCCACAUGCAGGCCCCUGUACCCGAAGCCGUGCUGUGCCCAGCCUCCUUUGUGUGCACAGACUGGGGCAACACCAGAUAAAAACUUGGGUAAAGUCAGGUCCCUGUAAUUUAGACACCAUCAUUUGGAUCUUCUGUCUUGCCCAGGCCUCCACCAGCUGUAACAGGAGCCUGAACACUGUGCACAUUGAGAUGUGCUCUGACGUUAGAUCAGCUCCAUCUCCUCUGUGCUGUCACGUGUCGUGCGUCUCAGUAUCCACAUGCUGCAUGUGGAAGUGGGUGCAGGGUAUGCUACAGCAUAAAAAAAGAUAAUAGGCCCUGCCUGUGUGGGCAUUCUGCUUUGGGCUUACUCCUCUGUAAACACUGGCAGAGCCUGUAUCUUGCAAUCCUGCCACUGCCCUCCCCUGCCCCACCAUCGGGCUAGGAUCCUGAUGGGCUUUAGGAUGACAGCCUAAGGGCAAUCUUGAUACUCUCACCAAGAGCAAAAAUGCUGCCAGAGGCAGCUGAGGUUCUGGCCAGUCUGUGAUGCUGCAGGGUUGUCUCUUACAGGGUACUUCCCGUGCCUGCUGGACAACAUCUCGGAGAUGAGUUGUAUUGCCUUCCACUCAAUGAACACGCUGCACAGUGGAGCAAGAGGCAGGAUAGUACCAAGCUCAUGGGCGUCACACCUGUUCGUAACCUCACCAGAGGCUUCAGCUAGCCUGAAACCAGUUUCCUAAUGCAAUUUGCAAGGUACAGGAGCUUUACCAGUGAAUUAUUUUUCUUCAUUGCUGAAGAGGCAGCUGCAGAGACUUUGCUCAGGGGACUCCCACUUCUCAUCUCUGUACCUGCAUUCUUAAUCCUCUCCAUAGGAUGAUAGGUCUGUCUCCAUAUGGAAAUCUUGACUGCAUAGACACUGAAUGAUGGUACUCCCUGGACAAGAGAGAACUUCUUGUUAAUCACUUGCAUUUAGACAAGAUCCCAGAAGUAUCCCUGUGACUACAGUCCACCAGCCCAUGACAGCUGUUCUACACGGCUCCACAACUGAAAACUUUCAGUUCCUGGGGAGAGUUGGCAUUCUCCUAAUACACCCUUGUUGGCCUGGGUUGUGGUCACCUCAGUACCUGUGUUCCCAGCAGCCUCUGUCUCUAGGCAGGAGGAGACCAUUCCCCACUGGUUGCUUUACACAUUAAGAGGGAAGGAGAGCAGAAAAUGUUGUUUAGAAGCAGUUUCUUCCCUAUUGUCAGUCUCUGCAACAAGCUUUGCAUGACCUACUCAUUGCCAGCUGAGAUCUUGCACCAAGAAGUCAUCCACUGGGCCAAACCCACAGCAGUUCAGGCAGCAGUGAGACUUCCUCCUGACUUGGACUGGGGUUGCUUUUUGACCUGAGGCUUUAUGACUAUCAUGCUCUGCAGGCAACAGCUCUGCUGCUUGCUCCCAGCAGUUAAGCUCUUAAGGG